UAUUGGUCUAUAGCAUGUACUUUGCAAUUUGGCAAGGUUAGUGUUCAGGAUUCGUACGAGACCCCCAACGCUCGGGCUGUGCAAGUCUCUUUGACCACCCUGGAGGGAAGAAUAAUCUUUGCUCUUGUAGACCAUUCUUCGGCGACUACCCGAGACGUGGUCGACUUACCCAGACUGGCUCGGCAUGAAUCGGGUCUUCGUGCUCAACGGAAGCCAGGAUUGAACUUGCCCAUAUGGAAUUCCAAACGCGAAUCAAUGGAACACUUCCAAGCAUUGUUAAGGUUUCGUCCAACCGAGGAAAUCCUGCUAUCCAUGGUAGAAUACCCUGCCGAUCUUUUGGUGAUGAAGACCUCCUUCCAAGUUCUGAUGGAUUUGACGACGUGGCAUCUAAACUUAGGCGAGUUGGCUACCGUUGCACGAGAGCUUGAUACCGACGCAACCGCCAAUCCAAGCAAAAUGGUCAUCCAACGCCUCAGCAAGGGUCGCAGCUUGGUCCUUCAGGUGCUCAGUGAUGUAAUACGGCUACGAGAAGUUACAAAAAAUUACCCUAGCGACAACUACAAGCUACUUAGCCAGGUGAUGGUGAUAGUCAAACUCGAAUAUCCUGAGAUCGAUUGGAUCCAGGAGGAGCAAUACUCUCUUUCGGCCGAUGUUUCAAUCAUACUACGCGUGCUAUCACGGCUGGAGCAACAAGCCGAAGAGCUGUCUUCUCAGCUUUGCGAGACCUUUCAAACCUUGACGACCGCAAUUGCCAUCGAAGACUCCGAGUUCAACAAGAAGCAGGCCCAGAGAUCUACCCAGCUUACGCUGCUGGCUGCAAUCUACCUCCCAUUAACCCUCGCUACAGGCAUCUUCGGGAUGAAUAUUCAAGAGAUCAACGGUGGGACGCCUCACUGGUGGGUUGUCUUCAUUGUGAUUGCAAUACUGUUUCUUCCGUCGGCGUCUUUUGUGGUCAUGCUUUUCGCUGGUGACGACAUCAAGAAAACAGUUCAAGCCAUGAGAGAUCGCAAGGAGCGUGAAAUAAAAUAGGGCUUUCAUGUUCCGAGAACGAGCGCCGGUCCCCUUGAUUGGCUGCUUCCCAACGAGGUGGCGGUGGUGUGGUGGGGGCUAGCGCUGGUGAGACAAUCCUAUUUCGACUACGCAGUCUGUCUUCAUGGUGGAAUAGGGGCCAAGACAAGAGAACGAAUUUAGUUUUAGCGAGC